AUGUCUGAGAUCAGCGAGACGGGCUCGCAGCCUGGCAGUCCUACACGCAACCGCGCCGUUGAGCCUCCUACGCCACAGGCCCCCGAGCAGAGCGAGUAUGAGAAGAAGAAGGCAAACUUCAUCGUGCGCACAACUUGGACCCUGGUCAUGAUCGGAGGCUUCUUCUUCGCCCUCGGCGCCGGCCACCUCUACAUCAUUGUCAUCAUCACCGCUGUCCAGGUCAUCUGCUUCAAGGAGGUUAUCGCGAUAGCCAACGUUCCAAGCAAGGCCCGCAGCCUGCGCUUCACCAAAUCGCUGAACUGGUACUUCCUGGGGACUGCCAUGUACUUCCUGUACGGCGAGAGCGUCAUCUACUACUUCAAACACAUUCUGCUCGUCGACAGGAUCCUGCUUCCCCUGGCCACGCACCACCGGUUCAUUUCCUUUAUGCUCUACAUCAUUGGCUUCGUCUUCUUCGUCUUCUCGCUGCAGAAGGGCCACUACAAAUUCCAGUUCACCCAGUUUGCCUGGACCCACAUGGCCCUCUUUCUUAUCGUCGGCCAAGCACAUUUCGUCAUCAACAACAUCUUCGAAGGCUUCAUCUGGUUCAUCCUGCCCAUAUCCAUGGUCAUCACCAACGACAUCUUCGCCUACCUCUGCGGCAUUACUUUCGGCCGUCACCAACUGAUUCAGAUCUCCCCCAAGAAGACCUGGGAAGGCUUCCUCGGCGCCUGGUUCUUCACCAUCAUCUGGGGCAUCCUCGCAACUCACUUCCUUGCGCAGUACAAGUUCUUCAUCUGCCCUGUCAACGACCUCGGCGCGAACGUCCUUACCGGGCUCGAGUGCAAGCCCAACCCCGUCUUCAUCUCGAAGAACUACACAGUCCCGUUCAUCCCCGAGGGCAUCCCCGCAUAUCUUCCCAUUCCUCACACAUUCGAAAUCAUGCCCGUCCAGUUCCACAUGAUCAUUCUCGCGACCUUUGCCUCGCUCAUUGCGCCCUUCGGCGGUUUCUUCGCUUCUGGCCUCAAGCGUACAUUCAAGAUCAAGGAUUUCGGUGAUUCGAUCCCCGGACACGGUGGCAUGACGGAUCGCUUCGAUUGCCAGUUCAUCAUGGGUUCAAUCUCAUUCUUCUACUACUCUAGCUUCAUUGCGACGCACCAGACCACUGUCGGUGGUGUUAUUGAGGCCGCCGUCACCGGACUUACGCACGAGGAGCAGUUUGAGGUUGUCAAGAUCUUGAGCAAGAACCUGGUCAACCACGGGACAAUUCCGCCGCAGAUCCUCGAAUACCUCUCAGCACAGGUCGCAAAGCGAUAG